AUGCGACAAGUGCUGCUGCCGCCGCUAGUGCUGCUGCUCUUAGGGCUCGAGGCAUCCGCCUCAGCCUGGGGGCCGCGGAAAUUCACCACUCUAGUCACCUUCGGGGAUAGCUACACCGACGAUACACGGUUUGCCUACUUUUCCACACACAAUGACUCCGCUCCUCCGGUAGGAUGGGUUGAACCAGACGCCAACAUCUCCUCCUCAGGCGGCCCAACCUGGCCGCACUACGUCUCGACCUUCCACGGCGCCACCAAAAACCGGUACAACUACGCCGUCGCGGGCGCCACCUGCUCCAACGAGAUCGUCGCGCGCGCCUACGACCCCACGGCGGGCUACCUGUUCCCCUCCGUGCUGGACUACGAGGUGCCCGCCUUCGCCGCGGACGCCGCGGCCUACACCGACCCUCCCACCAACAAAUGGUUCCUGGACAUUUCCGCCGACGAAACCGUCUACGCCAUCUGGAUCGGCACCAACGAUCUGGGGAACAAUGCCUUCCUCACGGACUCGCAGCUGAACAAUGCCACGCUGGUGGAUUAUCUGGACUGUGUGUAUCGUGCGCUGGAUGGGGUCAGCAGCAGAGCAGCGAAGUACUUCGUGAUCAUGAAUGUGGUGCCGUUGCAGCUGGCGCCGCUGUACGCGACCCCCGAAAACGGCGGGGUCGGGCCGAAUAAUUACUGGAAGGAUAAGCCGGCGAAUCUGACGGAGAUCAGUGGCCGCAUGGAGGGCCAGGUCGUCCUGGUGAACGAGGCGUUUCGGUAUCGGACGCCCGUCGAGGUGUUGGUGAAGAAGCGGUGGCCCGGGGUGCAGGUGGCCGUUUUUGAUGUUUAUUCUUUGAUUUCGGAGAUCUAUUACAACCCUACACAGUAUCUGAAUGGGAGUGCGCCGGCGAAUGUCACCGGGUUCGAGUAUCAUUGCAAUAUCAAUGGGACGGACUGUACCAAGUCGGACAGCCCGGAUUCGUUCCUGUGGUUUGAUCAGCUGCAUCCGUCGGCGCGGACGGAUCAGAUCAUCGCAGAGGAGUUUAUCAAGGUGGUGAGCGGGGAGAGUCGCUUUGCUGAGUAUUGGUCGUGA